AACUAAUAUGAUUACUUACCUAACCUAUAUAUAUAUACAUAUAUGCAAAAAAUUAAUAUUUUAUUCAAACUAAUUUUACGUACUUGUUUUUUUUUCCCUGCCGCUAAUUUUCAAUCUGCUUUAUUUUGUUUACGUAUUUGAAAUAAAUUUUAUUAAAGUAGGUACCUGUUUAGUGUAAUAAUAAUAUCUAUCACAUUUAAUUUCAUAGAUUAAUCACCGUUCUAUAAUAGUAAUGUUUAUGUUUAAAGUAACAAAAAGUCUAAUAUUAUAUUUAUUUUAUUUUUAUGAUGUAACUACAAGUAAGAAAAUAACAUCUGAAGACAGGACAGUUAACGACUGUCAACGUUGUAAAAUAUUAACAGACUCUUUUAAUUACUGGAUUGACAAAACUUCUCGAGGAAAACACGAAGGUGGUGAUGCUGCUUGGGAAGAAGCUAAAUUGAAGUCUUAUGCUCAUAGUGAAAUACGUUUAGUUGAGAUACAGGAAGGCCUAUGUUCAGAAUUAAAGGCACAUGAAAGUGAUUGUUAUAUGUUAGCAGAGAAUGCAGAACAGUUUCUAGAGAAUUGGUGGUUUAGAGAAGAUCCUAAUUCUGUAGACUUACAUACAUGGCUGUGUAUAGAAACUCUUAAAUAUUGUUGUCAUAAAAAUCAUUUUGGAGAUAACUGUUUACCUUGUCCUCUUGAUACACAGAACCAAGUCUGUGGAGGACAUGGUAGAUGUGAUGGUGAUGGUACUCGUUUAGGAAAUGGUACAUGUAUUUGUAACAAAGGCUAUAUAGGAGUAUUAUGUAAAGAUUGUGCUAAACAUUUUUUUCAAGAUAAUGACUUAUGUAAGCCAUGUCACAAGGCUUGCAAUGGCUGCUCUGGUGACAGUGCUGCAGCUUGUAAUACAUGUAAAGUUGGCUGGAAGCUAGAGUCUGGUGUGUGCACAGAUGUAAAUGAAUGUUUGGAUACAACCUUGUGUAAAUCUACCCAAUUUUGUAUUAACAAAGAAGGCUCCUAUGACUGUAAAUCAUGUGAUGCAUCAUGUAGAACAUGUGCAGGUGCUGGACAUUCAAACUGUACAUCAUGUGAAUCUAAUCAUGUGUUAUGGAGUGGUAGAUGUUUAGAUGAUAAACAUAAGAGUAACCUUUUAAGAAGUACUAUAAAAAAAUUAGCCCUCUAUUUAGGAUUAUUUGUAAUAGCUUUUUUUAUUCUCAGGAACUCAAAAACAUUGGCAUCACUUGUAAUUUUAAUAAUUACGAUAUACAUACAUUAUUCUGAGAAAAAUUCAGAAAUGAACAUUUUACAUGUACUUUUAAAUCUUUAUGUGAAUUAAUUGUACAAUUUUUUUUUAUAUGAACUCCAAUAAAAUUCUGUUUAUGUAUAA